AUGAACCCGGACGGAUCCACCUACACAUCUACCAGCCCUAAGGAUUGCUCUAUCAGACCGAGAAACAACAGGCGCCUCAUAUCCUUCGAUGACCACGAUGGCUCGACGCUUCAGGAUGCCGGCAGCUCAGCCCCCUGGUCUCAACCGAAAUUCACGUCUCCCUUCCCGUCACGAGGAGUAUCUCCAAUUCCUGGCGCACAUCCCUCAAGGCCACUCCCGGCUGCGGCCGACCCUAGAUCGAUAGCGCCUUCCAAUUACGACUCGGGGAAAACCGGCCGCGGACAGACGAGUGCAGCUUCUGGCUUGGGAUUGUGGGAGUCCUGGUCUUCAAUUCAAAGCAUUGCCUCAACUCUGCUUGGAAGUGACGCGCAACAACCUCCUAAAGGCAAGGGCGGAGGUACAUUCAACGCUUCAGUGCGGAGGAAAUUCGGCAACGCCUCUGGUGUAGGGGCUACUACUCCUCAAUGGGGCCCGGAAACAAGUACUGGGCAGACACAUAUAGCGGGUUCGAAGGAAGAGAGGCAGGCCAUGGUUCAAGCCAAGAAGCGAGAAACGUUACUCCUGGCGGACGCGAAUGGACUUUCCGGUCUGUAUACUCCUCAUAAACGACGAGACUCCAAUCUAAGGCUGCCUGAUACUGCUACCCCUGCCGAAUAUGAUGGAGACGCCCUUGUCUACGUACAUAAGGUCAAACCACAAGACACCUUAGCAGGGGUGAUGAUCAGAUACCAGUGCCAACCAGCGGUGUUUCGGAAAGUCAACAGACUCUGGCCGAAUGACAACAUACAGAUUCGGGACCACGUCUUUCUUCCUGUUGAAGCUUGUGCCAUUCGAGGCAGAAGGAUCGACACGAAGGAAUCAGUGCCAGACCACAACAUCCCCACCUGUGUCGGCCCUAACCAGUCCAAGAACAACUCUAACAAUCAUUUUCACCUGCCCGCAGAUGACACAUCUCCAUCCUUGACACCAAACACAAACUCGGACCUCGACCCGGAAUACAAACACGAAUACUUCGUCUCGCUUCCCAACAUCCCCGAAUCCAUCGAGAUAGCCCGCAUUCCGCGCCGAACUCUCGGCUUCUUCCCUCCCUCCCGCCGAAAAUCCCAAACUCUUUCCGAUCUAGACCCCUACUCCGACACACCAAAAACAUCCCUCGACAUGAAUUCACGUCUCAACUCGCUAUCCUUGAGUACCUCUCCCUCCCGCAACCGCCCGAAUCGAUCUCAGCGCAGCAACUCCAGGUCAAAUACUUCCUCAUAUUGGGCUGACCGCCUCAAAGGCCCGGGCGGCGUGGGUCCGCUCCGCUCCUCCGGUCCUGGGCUAGCAGGUCCUGGACCAGCCGAGGAUAGCUUGAAUAAGAUGUUUGCACAUCAUCUUCCCAAUGUCGCGCCGAGGGAAUCUUUUGACUCGGUGCGUUCGACGGGUUCAAGCGCCACAGCGGGGCUCGAGAAUGUCGGAGGCGUGAUCGAGGGGUGGGUGAGGAAGGUGGGAUCGAAGAUUACGGGGAACCCGGAGCCUGAGGAGGUUUAUAGACGGCUUGGUGGUGGUGCUGGUAGUGGCGGGAGGAAUGGGAUGGGGGAUCUGAUCGAACUGGAGGACAGUAGCGGAGACACAGUUAUGGAGGAGCAUCACAUGGGCGUCCUGGGUGCAUCGACAUGUGCAUCUGUACCUGCAUUUGAUGGGCCGGCAUCCCGUCCAGGUUCUGGAUGGAAUUCUCGGGAUCUACUGACCUUGAAAGGGAAAGGGAGUGCAGGCGUAGGCGUCACGGCCAGCGCUACAGCGAGUGCUAUAGAGGAGGAGGCAUUACUGAGGGAACGCUUCCCGCCCCGCGGCAGGAUGGUCGAUGCGCAGACCAAUGUAAGCAGUAGGCGCCGAUGA